AUGCAAGCUAUAGAUUAUGGGUAUUCACUGCUCACCGCAGAGCAACAUUUAUUAUCCCCCAACUCGACAGGACAUUCCUAUAGCGGCCAAUGUCAUCCUCAUAGAUGCCACUCUCAUAGCUGCAAAUCGGCCCCCGCCGAACAACGAUGUGAUGAGAACAAUCGAGAAUUCGAGGAUGGGCACUGGCUAUUCUCUCCCGAACCGCAUACAUUCCAUUUACGUCCAACCGGGGCCCCUUUCUCUUGCCAGGCGCGUCGGGCCCCCCAAACUUGUAAAGAUCGGUCCCUUACGCCAGUCAGCCCAAACUCAGUCGGCUCUGAGGACCUCAAUAACCAAUGGGAACUUGGCGCGGACGAUGAAUUGAUUGCGAAUUGGCUGUCGGGUGUUUCUUAUUCAAACUGUCCAAAUGAAGAGACCAGGUUGACCGGGAAAAGUACCCCGGCUACUUCUCCAGACGCGCCGGACUCAGGGGGUGGGGUCGACGUAGGUCCAGCUUGCCCAAGCAUCGUACUACAGCCUCCCAGGCAAAAUCGAUCGAUCGUGAAGUCGGGGACUGGCCUUGAUGGUCCACUUAGUUCUGAAAGCGACAAACUUUCUAAACUACUCCGGGAUGGGCUUAGUGAUUUGAAAGAGUCUAGCCGAAGUGCAGAUCUAUCCGGCGGCUCUCAGAAGCUCAAGUCUAAUACGUCUGGCCGCAGUAACAGUGGUAGCGAGGUCAUCUCUGAUGAGAAGCUAUGUUUCUACCUUUCACAGCCCAAUGCUCAGUCUCACGCUGUUCAAAGACAUGCUCAUAACUCAUGCCCGGAGUUUUGUCGACAUCCGGAUGACUUUGGAAUGCCGCCAUCAAGACUAGAGGGUCAAGGCACACAAGCGCGAGCCCAUGAAUUACGUCUCAAGGUUGACAAAAAUCGACACUGGCAUCAUUUACGUGUCCGCGAUAUUCUUACAAAUCAAUUCCGGUUUCUGAGACAGAGGUUUCGACGCUCAAACUCUUCAACUUUAUCUACUCGAUCUGAGUUCCCUGCCCCACGACGUAGUAAAGAACGCCGGCUCUUGGCUCGGGACCCCAUGGGUAUUUGGCCGCCAUCCGGCGAGGAAAGUCCAUUGUUUAAUACUCCUGAGUCUAUUGUUACUAAUGCCAAACGUACCUCUCAUGAUAUUGGGCGUCAUAUCGACCCAUUGGCUAUAGCUAGUGUAAUGAUUGCCACGGCAGAACUUGACCGGCUCUCAUCGAGGAGGAGCCUUGACUUAGUCUCCGGAAGGUCUGGCUCAUCAACGGGCGUAUCGGGAAAUUCUCCUACGUCUCAUACACCAUGCCAUAGUGGUGUCGCGAGUCCUAGCAAUGAGAUAUCUGCGCCAACCUCCCCAGCUCUUGAUAUGCCUCCAACUAUCCCAUUCAAUACGCCUUUGUCGUCGGGCCCACAAUCUGGUGUGAUAAGCCCAGUAUCCAAAUCAUCACAACGACGCGGACAACGACGAAAGACACAGCGCAGUCUUUUAUCGGAAGUUACAACACCAGAUGACGUUGCGUCACUAGCGGAGUCCACCGAAGAGUUCAAUGAAGGUCUUUCAAUUUCAGUUACUCAUAUCGAAACUCUACCAGAAUGUUCAUGUAUACCUAGUGAGGGGACCGAGGAAAGUCUAUAUCCUCAACCGUUAAUAAUCAGCCGUAGCGGUCAGGAAGAGGCUAAUUCGCGCAUUGACGAUACUUCAGAAUUUGUACAAGAAUAUUUCCCGAGGUUUGAACCUCUUGAACCCGUCCUUCUCUCAGCUGAUAUGGGGUACGAACUCGAUACUUUGCAGCGGCUUCCGGAUUCUUUGACUUCGGAUGCGGAAGAUGUGAUCCCAUCUCGCAUCUCAUCAAUUUGUGAAAUGUCCAAGACAGGCGAUGAAUCAUUGCUGCCAAGUAUGCCCCUUGGACUUGGGCAUGCCUUUCUAAUGCCGACUACAUCCUCCAAUCUCAUAGUAUCAAGGAUAUCAAGAGAAACACUUAAUACACACUCGAGCUCUGUCGUAAAUAUAAAAAGAGAUGUCUCGGCCGUAGGGGCUGUAACUGACUAUACGGUGAAGACAGGUCAGCCAGACAAAGUAGCGGAACCCGAUUCUUGCCAUCCUGAUACCUGGUCCGAGUCUCAGGGCGAACCUGGAAAUUCGGAUCCGUUCUGUCCUCCCGAUUGCCUUGAAACUAGACGGAGUAGCCAAGAUAGCCUUUCGCGACGGCUGACACUGGCAAAACAGAAUACAGACGAGACCAUAUACAAACUGAAGGCGGAAGAAGGUGCGGCAUUUACCGAAGAAAGUAGCCUAUAG